AUGGCAGGAAUGCAGGCCCGGCUGAUACCACCCGCAAGGUCACACUUUGCUGUCGUUGUAAAAUCGCCUUGUCUUGCGGUUAAGUAUCCUCAUGGCGGAACACAUAUUCGUCGGUUUCAGAUCAAAUUCACCACAGAGCGUGACUACUUCACGGCCUUGGCUCUUCUAGGCGAAAUUAACUGUCCAUUGACAGAAGGCAAAAUACCAGUUCCAGCAAUACAACGAUUUCCUUCGGUGUCAUCAUGGACGUCGGGGCAUCUCUCUUCCAUUGCCCCCAGGACUGCAAACACGGCGGCAACUUCAACUGGCAGCAACGGAGUCCACUUUUACCCCACGGGAGUAUUGGGGUCUGGAAUGACAACACCCAUUCGAGCAUCAUCUCCCGCAAGCACUAUUUCACACCCCGUGUCCAGGCUGGGCCCUCCCUAUCUGCCGUCCCAAAGCAUGGAACCAGUAGACUUAUCUCAACCACUGCACGCAUCUGCUCUCACGCACACGGCAAACACAGAACCCGAGCCACCAAACUCCCAGCUUUCUACGAUAUCUGCAAUUCACGACGUCGACCAGUUAAACCAGAUGCUACCUCCCAAGAGAGACCUGCCCUUCUCAAAGCCAACCGCAAGGAAUCGGCGCGCUGCAAGCUCGACUCAAACAACACGGAAGCAUUCCUGGUCUGCCCUGUCGCCAAAUUCUCAGCCCACUGAACCAGCCAAGGAUCCAGAACCUCGUCCAAGUCGUCUCGUGGUCGAGCCUAAUAUUGAUUCUGAUUUGCCCGAGUCCGAUUCGCAAGUCUUAUCCCAAAUGAAUCCUUGCCCCGAGGCGAGUCAGCCAUUGUUGCUAUAUGAAGAGGCCCCUGCUUCACAGAACACAGCUCCUAUCUGUGAAUCUGCCGAGCAGACAUCUCAAGUACCCAGCGUUCAGAACACAUCGCACACACAGGAUAAUCAAACUAAUUCGGACUCCAACCACAACCCGGCCAUCAAACAAAGCGAUAAAGUCCCAGCCCUAACAGAAGACCAUCUUACGCGGUAUCUAACUUCACCGACCGCUGAGCGAAUUGCUUUUCUCGAGAACUGGAUGUGCGAGUUGAUUGACGAUGACAGUUUCAUGUCUCUGUGCGAGGACGUGGAUGGAACAUGGAGGCGGUUUGCAUUCGGACAAAGGAAGUGA